CAAAAUUUUUCCUUCUCUUCGAUCUCAAUCGCGAUUUUCUGAGAAACCCUAGAACUAAUCCUUCAAAUCCAUCAACAAUCAACCAAAAUCACCAAAAUCAGUAACCGGCACUGUGCAAGCAUCAAAAUCCCUAAUUGUUUUCUUCUCUUUGAACUCAUUUGUCCUUCGAGUGAUGCAGCACGAGCCCGAGCUCAUGUUCGACACCCUGAAGCACCGUGUGGAUAAGUUUUGUGGGCCAACACAACAAUUCUAGCUAGGGGUGGGCAAAAAUCGGGAAAUUGUAAUUUCCCGUCAGUGAGUGGGAGUUGGUAUUGUACUAUUAAUUUAUUGUUACAUGAAUUGUGUGAGAUUAAUACUCUUAUAAACAAAUGGGAAAGCUCCAAAGAGGAUGACUUAGCUGCUGUGGCAUGGAACAUGAAGGAGAAGUUUGCAAAAUAUUGGGGGGAUCCAACAAAAAUGAAUAAGAGCAUUUUUUUUGCGGUGGUGUUGGAUCCUAGUAAAAAAAUGGGAUAUUUAAAUUGCCUUCUUGGGGAUUUGUAUCCAGAGCAGGAAGGAAAAGCAAAAGAAUAUGAAUGCUGGAUUGAAGCUGAAUUGAGAAAGUUGUUUGAUUUUUACAAGACUGAAAUAGAAAAUCAGAAUGAGAAUUGUGGUAGUAAUAGCACAAAUGCCACAUCUGGUUCUAGUGGGGGGCAAGGGCCUGAUCAAAAUAACCUUAAUCACCUUGUUGGAUCUAAACAAAGUGGUGGGAAUGGUCUUGGUGGUGUUGCAAGCUUAAGGGCAAAUAGGAAUGGCAACGUUUCUUCUUGCCAAAGUGAACCAAGAAAUAAGAAAGGGAUGAAGGAUACUGAGAGAUUCAAAAGAUAUUUAUCAGAGGCAACUCAGGAAAAGAAUGAGCAAUCAGAGCUUGACAUCUAUCUCAAAGAUAAAUUAGAAAUCAUGGAAAAUGAUGCUCAAUUUUAUGAUGUUCUUUCAUUUUGGAGGCUCAAGAGUGGGAGAUUUCCUGUUCUUGCAGCAAUGGCACAAGAUAUUUUAGCUAUUCCAGUUUCAACAGUGGCAUCUGAAUCAACUUUCAGCACAAGUGGUCAUGCGUUAGAUGACUUUUGGAGUUCCUUAACUCCUAAGAUGGCACAAGCUCUAGUAUGCGCACAAGAUUGGCUAAGGAAAAAAAGAAAACAUGUCAAUAUUACUCUUGAUUGUGAGGAUUUAGAUGAAUUAGAGGAAGCGGAAGUAGAAUAUAGGAAGAAGUUACGUUCAUCACUUCUAGAUGGUUGACAUUUGCUGCUGUGCAUGUGAAAUUUCGGAUUUGUUUUUUGGGUUGCUUGUUGUUGCAAAUGCUACUAGCUGUUGCUAUAAAUACUGCUUUUGGAUUUGGUUUUUGGGUAGCUUAUUACUGCAAAUGCUACUAGCUGUUGCUAUUUGGGUUGCUUGUUGCUGCAAGCUUGUAAAUGCUGUUGGCUGUUAUUAUAAAUAUUGCUUUUGGAUUUGUUUUUUGGGUUACUUUUUGCUGCAAAUGUUGCUAGUUGUUGCUAUAAAUACUCCUACUACUG